CAGUAGAAGAAUUUAACAGGGUAGUGUCGAGGCGGUAAACAUAUCGUAUAUUUAACAAAGAAGCAAAGUUAUUUUUGAACUGCUUCUGUUGAAGUCGAUCACAGUUGAUGAAUAAAAAGCUACUAUUAUGUGAUCUUCAAGGAAGGAAAGCGACUCUUGAUUGUGGUUUGUUUAGAUAUAAAUCAUGCCUUUGAUAAAACGUGAAAUUCAACCGGUCUACGUCAGCCGAGUAAAGCUUCAGAAAGGGCUGGUGAAUGAGUUUGAAUCAGUAUCAGUCAGUACGCUUGCUGGUAUCGUACGACAAAUCAGCAGUUUAGCGAAGUAUUCCGAGGAUGUUUUUGAUGAAAUUUUACACGAAGCGAACUGUUUACAUAAACGAGCAACGUCUUUGCAAGGAAGAAUAUCUGGCCUGGCUCAAAAAGUCACCAAGCUCGACUCGUCCGUGGAAGAAAUUUCUUUACAAGAUAUUAAUAUCAAGAAGGCUUUCAAGUCCACUGUCGUAACAGACCAACAAGUUGUGGGUAGAUCAACAUUGCCCAACUCAAUGUCAGAGAAAUACAACAUGUGUGAUGCACCACCUAGACUACAAGAUAUGAAUACAUAUCGAGAUGAUGGAAAAGACGCCCUCAAGUUUUAUACUGAUCCGACUUACUUCUUUGAAUUAUGGAGGGAAGAAAUGAAAAAGGAACAGGAUAGGAAAAAGAAGAAAAAGAAACAUAACCGUAGCACUGGAAGAACACAGUCACAAGUGAAGAUUAAACAUCUCAAGAAGAAAGUAUAUUCUGGAAAAGAUAAGGAAUUAGAAACCUCUAAUGCUAAAUAUUCAAUAGAAGAUAGUUCAGGUGCAACAACUCAAAAUGAAAUGAAACCUCCCGAGCAAAAUGGCGGUGUCCCAAGUCCAACAAUUUCGUUAUCUCCAGAGCCAAACCAAUAUGAUGACAGACGAGCAACAACUGGAUCAAGAAGAGGAACUGCUGCAAAACUACCUCGCCCGGCAACAAAACCACCACCACCCCCUCCUGUUCCAAGCCCAGUGGGCCAAGACAACUCUCUAUUACCCCAACCACCACCACCUAAUUUCCCACCACCUAUGGCAUCACCUGAUAUCCCACCACCACCACCACCUCCUCCUGAUCCUAACAUCCCUGCACCACCUCCCCCACCACUACCAACUGUUCACCAAAAUCAUCUUCCACCACCCUCAUUAACCCCCAGUGAACCUGUACAACCACCUGAACCAAAACCAAUCGAUGCUCGGACUGACUUACUUGAAGCGAUUCGUACAGGAAUGAAAUUGAAAAAGGUGCAAGUAGAAAUAGAGAAGAAAGAACAGCAGAAUGUAGGUAUGGAUGUCGCAUCUAUACUUCAGAGACGUAUUGCAGUGGAAUAUUCGGACAGUGAGAGUGAAACAGGUUCGGAAUGGGACGAUGAUGAGGAUGACUGGCAGGAUGAUGAGGACUAGUACAUGAUAAUAGUUAGCAUAAUA